CCAACGAGUCUGCGCACUAGCCGUAGCCGCCAUAUUGGACCCACAAAUAAUAAAAACAAAUGCAUUUUCUGCUUAGCAAGGAGAGUUGCUAAAGUAUACAUAUCAAACACCAAAUUAAUAUCACCAGAUCCCGAAAAGCACCCUUCGACUGCACGUAUCCUGAGCAGAUGUCGCUGGUAUACCUUGGCAAGCGGUUGCUGGAGGCUGCGAGGGUCGGUCAGGACGAUGACGUUCGAAUAUUGAUGGCCAACGGGGCUCCAUUCACAACCGAUUGGCUGGGAACGUCACCGCUGCACCUGGCAGCUCAGUACGGCCACCACUCCACCGCUGAGGUGCUGCUCCGUGCGGGCGUCAGCAGGGACGCCCGCACCAAGGUGGACAGGACCCCUCUCCAUAUGGCAGCAACCGAGGGACACUCCAGUAUAGUUGAGCUGCUGGUCAGGAGCGGUGCGGACAUCAACGCCAAAGACAUGCUGAAGAUGACGGCGCUGCACUGGGCGGCGCAGAACGGGCACCGCCGCGCGGCCGAGCUGCUCCUGCAGCACGGCGCCGACGUCCACUCGCUCAGCAAGUUUGACAAGACGCCGUUUGACAUCGCCAUGGACACCAGCAACACAGAGCUGAUGAUCCUGCUACAGGACGGCAUGCAGAACCAAGUCAAUAUGAACUCGGAGUCUCAGAUCAUCAUCCCUGCGGGUGGGAUGGUCAACCUGUCAGACCUGGUGCACAAUGCCUCCACAGUCAAGUCCGAGGAUACCCUAGCCGCGGAGGUGGUGGACUCAGCCAUCCAGCAUGUGGUUGGAGAUGGGGGUCAGAGAGUCAUCACCAUAGUAACGGACCAGCACGGAAACCUGCAGCCAGCAGGCCUCGGCCAGCAGUUCUUUGUCACCAUGCAGGGGCAACAGAUGGUGGCUGUGCCGGCCAGUGCCAUCACAGAGGAGGUGGUUGAGGAGGAGUUUCAACAGGCCCCGCCCCCACGCAAAAGAAAAGCAGAUCAUUCCAACAAUCAAAGCAGCCUUAAAGACAAAAAGAGCGUGGACAGCAGCCGGGAGCAGCUCCAGCGCCAGCUCCACGAGGCCAACAGGAAGGCCCAGGAGUACCGCGAGCAGCUCCAACAGAAGGAGAGGGAAGCGGAGCAGUACCGCCUCCGUCUGGAGCAGGCCAUAGCCAGCAGCUCCGCCAAUAUCGCCAACCAGGCGCACGAAAGCACCAACCACCACGAUGAUGGUGCUGGCGAAUUCGUUACCGUGGAAACGGUCGCCGUGGUCACCGGUGGCGAAGAGGAGAUAGAGGAGGAGGAGAGGGAGGAGGUGGUGGUGCAGCUGGAGGUGUCCGAGGGAGCCAUGGGGAAGGAGGAGGACACGGUGGUGGAGGAGGUGAUGGUGAAAGAAGAAGAAGAGGAUGACGGGUCCUAUUGA